CGUGAAUCGUUCGCUUCUUCCCUCCGACGUUAGAGCUCCGUUACCGUGUUCAGACCUCCGUCUCAUUCUACCUGAGAGUGUUUCUUCAUCUCCGCGGCGCUGGAUCUGGUGGCUGAGAGGAUGUGUGUGGAGAGUGACAGCUGCGAUCCGGAGGGCUGCGGCGGCCCGGCUGAGGUGCGCACGCUCUCCGGCAGCAUGAGGCACGCGCUCAAAACGAACCCCGAACUGCGCGCCUGCACACCGGGUCAGAAAUUUCGGGCUGCCCUGAUGCGGUGCCGCUCCCCUAAUGUCGCCGCAGCCAUCCUCAGCUUCGGAAAUGUGCUCAAUUAUAUGGACAGAUACACCGUAGCGGGUGUCCUGCUUGACAUUCAACACCACUUUAACGUAAAUGAUAGCGGAGCUGGUUUACUACAAACAGUUUUCAUCUGCAGCUUCAUGGUGGCGGCCCCCAUUUUUGGUUACCUAGGCGACCGAUUCAACAGGAAGGUCAUUCUAAGCUGUGGCAUUUUCUUUUGGUCGGCUGUGACGCUGCUGAGCUCCUUCAUCACCAAAGAGUAUUACUGGCUGUUUGUGCUGUCAAGAGGCUUGGUGGGCAUUGGUGAGUCCAGCUACUCCUCCAUUUCCCCUACCAUCAUUGGAGACCUGUUCACCAACAACAAGAGGACCAUGAUGCUCUCGGUCUUCUACCUGGCCAUCCCACUGGGAAGUGGUCUUGGCUACAUCCUGGGAUCCAGUGCAAAAGAUGUUGCACAGGACUGGCACUGGGCUCUGAGGGUGUCUCCAAUGCUGGGCAUGACUACCAGUCUACUCAUCCUGCUGUUCAUUCCCGAUCCCAAGAGAGGUACCAAUGAUCAGCCGACCGGCCCCAUGAAGACCCGCACAUCAUGGAUCUGCGACAUGAAAGCGCUCGGCAAAAAUCGUAGUUAUAUGUUCUCAUCUUUCGGAUCGUCUGCCGUGUCGUUUGCGACGGGGGCGUUCGGGAUGUGGAUCCCUCAGUAUCUGUUCAGAGCUCAGGUGGUGCAGAAAACUGCAGAGAGUUGCAUCACUCAGCCCUGCAGCAGCAAAGACAGUCUGAUAUUUGGAGCCAUCACGUGUGUGACUGGUCUGCUCGGCGUCGUGAUCGGUGCAGCUACAACACGUUUCUGCCGACAGAAGACGGAAAGAGCCGACCCACUAGUGUGUGCUGUUAGCAUGCUGGGUUCGGCCAUUUUUAUCUGUCUCAUCUUCGUCGUGGCCAAGAAGAGCAUUGUAGGAGCAUACAUCUGUAUCUUCAUAGGAGAAACACUGCUGUUCUUGAACUGGGCCAUAACUGCAGACAUUUUAAUGUACGUUGUCAUACCAACCAGACGAGCCACUGCAGUUGCCUUUCAGGGCUUUACUACUCAUUUACUAGGGGAUGCCGGGAGUCCGUAUUUAAUAGGCCUGAUAUCAGACGCGCUGCAGGAGACCUACACUACGUCAGUGCUGUGGCAGUUCCUGAGUUUAGGCUAUGCCCUCAUGCUCUGCCCCUUCGUAAUUGUCCUCGGUGGAAUGUUCUUCCUCGCUACUGCUCUCUUUUACCUUGAUGACCGGAACAAAGCAGAGAAUCAUGUGAAUCAGCUUUCCCGGUCACCGUCCACAGUGAAGGUCACUAAGUAAAAGAAGGCCUGCUGUGGGAGGAUGACGAGUGAGCUGAGGAGUGGGCGACGGGAGGAAAAGAGGAAAAUAGAACUAGAGUAGCUGACCCACUUGACCCGUAUGCUGCAUAUCAUCUUCACCACCAUCAACCAUCUUUACUGCUAUUCUUUUCGAAUCUUUCAUUUGAAGGCUGAACUUGUCCUACUGAGAAACUUCCAGGAAUAAUCCAAUCCCAUCAACAAGUCGAAGGCAAGUCAGACAUUCGGCAGCUGGUGGGCAGCUCUCGUUUAAUGUACAGUGGAGUGUUUAAAGGCCAGUAAGUUUUAGAGGGUUUGGGGAGGGGAUUAAUAGUACCAUACUACUGAAUUAUGAUGACCUGUCACGCUGCCUGUCAACCUGCACCAAGUGCCAUAGCAUCACAUUCCUGUCCUUGUCCAGAACUGGCCAAGCCUUCAUCCAACUAAGUUCACUGAAUGUAAAUAUGGAAAUGAAGGAAUCAGUGACCUUGAAGUCAUGGUGGAUGAGUGGCUCUGUGGUUGCCCUGCCUUAAUAAUGCUGGCAUGGGCAGAAAGUCUGGUUCCUGGUCAUUUUCUUUCUUUUCUUUGCUUGUUUUCUUAGACUGGAGUUAUAAUUGAUGUGUAAAUAUGCAUACAUGGAUGCAUACAUUUGAUAUAUGAGCAGGAUAUUUGUACACUUAGACAAUUAAAAGCAAAUGCUACCCCGUACAGUCCAAGAUUGAGAGGGCGUGCAUGAUAGUGGGUGGGUAUUGGUAAUACUGAC